UAGCAAAACAGUUGAUACGAAACAAAACAAGCAAGCAUUUUUUCAACAAUAAUCAUCAAAUUGCUAUAAUAAUUUAAUAUAAACAAAUUAAGAAAUAAGCGAUCUAAACAAUGACGACAGCAGCUCGCCCCACAUUCGAUCCAGCUCGUGGUGGCUCUGGACGAGGAGAAAAAGACUUGAGCGCACUCAGUAAACAAUACUCGAGUCGCGACUUGCCUGGACACACGAAAUUGAAAUACAGGGAAACUGGCCAAGGCACCAGCGAGGAAAUCCGCAACCGUGACUUUCGCAAGGAACUCGAGGAACGCGAACGCGAUGCGCGGUCUGGCGUCAGCUCUGGCAAGACUUUGCCUUCCAUAGUGCGCAAAGCCAUUGAGGCAAACAAUGCGAGCAGCAGCAGCAGUACUAAGCGUGCCAAAUUGGACAGCUCAUCGCAGCUGCAACAGCAACAGCAGCAGCAACAACAGCAGCAGCAACAGCACGCUUCCGCCAAUCUGGACGCAGAUGAGCCGUUGGACAAUGAUAGCUCCGACUCUGACAGCGAUUCCGAUGACGAUGAUGCUGCCCUGUUGGCUGAAUUGCAGAAAAUCAAACAGGAGCGUCUGCAGGAGACGGCACGUCGCGAGGCAGAGAAGAAACAGGAAGACGAACGCAUACGCAUGGAAAAUAUUCUCUCAGGAAAUCCGCUCAUCAACUAUGAGCCGGGCACAGCUGCCUCGGCGGCUGGACGCACUUCGGGCCUUGGUGGUGAUCUGAAGGUGAAACGUCGUUGGGAUGAUGAUGUUGUCUUUAAGAAUUGUGCACGCUCUGCUCCCGAGAAGAAAACGCACUUUGUCAACGAUGCGUUGCGUUCCGAUUUCCAUAAGAAGUUUAUGGAUAAGUACAUUAAGUAACAUAGUUUUUUUUUUCUUCAUUACUAUUACUACUACAAACUUGUCUUGUGUUGAGAGUUCAAUAAUAAAUUAAUACACAUUGUA